AUGGCUCCUAACUUAAAAGAUAUCAAGGAUAUCUCUGCCCGGAUCAGCUGUUUCGGGCGAAACCCCAAAGAUCAAGGUUCGAUUGAUAACGGCAAGCCGUCUCAGGUCCCCAACUCAACUAUGGCGAAACCAUCGUCAAAUUCCAUCCAACCCAAAUCGCAUGGGCCACGCAACCAACCGUUUGCAAUGUUUCCUAAAAAAGAUGAUAGCAACUUACCGCCGCCGCCGUCUCAGAAUCCAUUUAUCCCUGGAGCCGUAUCAACAUCCUCGAGCAAGCAACUCGCACAGUUACUGAAUCCGUAUGUCGUUGCACAACCACCCGCAAGUGGAAUUUCAUAUCACGCAAUGUCGCUAGGUAACCCCUCGGCGAGCAAGCAGUCAGCAAAUAAACCAAACUCUGGAAGUCCUUUUACUCAGAUCAACCCGUCUAGUAGCAUACAGCUUCAAAAGGGUCAUGGCUCUACGGCAUCCCACGGCCAUUCCGGGCCGUCUCCAUCUCAAGGACCGGGCGCGUCGGCUAAGAAAUAUCAAGCGUCUAUCUCGUGGUUUCCACAAUACCCAGAGGGCAAUCCUAAUCUGCACACACAACCUGCUCCUCCCAUAGCCUCCAAUGAUCCCAUAGAUUCGCUAUGGGGUCAACCAUCAUAUUUCUCAGAGCCUUUACCUGCGCACCAUAUGCAGCCUCUCCCUCUAGGCAUCCAUCCAGCAGAGCCCCUAACUGGCCACCCACAACCUCUCCAUUUAGCAGCCGGGUCCAAACAACCUCCAACGUUGAAUAACCAAUCCGGACUAGCCUAUGACCAGCAAAUGUGGAAUAGCUAUUAUCUCGGUCAAUAUGGCACGGCACCGCAGUACUUUGCAGUGAAUGAUUUUGAGAUGUUCUCUCCCUUUCUGCAACCAGGUCAGGAACCUCAAGACGACAAGAUGGAAAUAGACGGCGUAAGCCUCGAGGACAACAGCGAAGACAGCAACGAAGACAGCACCGAGUCGACGGACCCAGAGCAAACUCCCGAAAAUACAGCCAUGGUCGAAACAACUUUGGCUGACUUGAAGCCCUUGGGAUUAUUCGUCCUAGGACUCCUUAAUCAUGCCUGUGCCGGAUGUCAUAAAAAGAAGACCAUGGGGUCUGAAGAUGUUGUGAAUAUGACGGCAACAUGGACUAGUGGUGAUGGGAAAGUUAGCCUUGGUCUGAAAUGUCAGGAAAAGUACUGCCAGCCAAGCGAUACUCUCAAGGUUGCCGGAACGAGUGCCACUGUGCAGUGGUGCUGUGAUGAUGGCAGACUGGCCGCAAUCUGGGCCCUUGCUUGCGGUUGGAAAGUCCCGAAGUCGAAGUCUCGAGCUGGUUAUAUGAUCACAAAGGUGCGCGGAAAGGUUAAGAUCAAGGAAGCCUCAGUGCUCGACAAGCUACGAGGACCCCACCCGUCGGCCACUGGGAAAGGAGUCGGCUACGGCGACACGAAUACUCCUCAUGCUUAUUUCUUUGGACAGUAUACACAUCAACCUAAGCGUUCGAUGCCAAAAAGGUCCAUGGAUGCUAAAGAGGACCUCACGCGCGAAAUUUAUUUCAGGCUCUUAGCUCUCCUACUCCCAUCUUGCAAAAGAGUAGCACAGUUUGACACCUCACCGCCUAGCCUUUUAUCGCACAUAAUCUCGCGCAGCCCCUUGCUAGAAAACUCUGCAGUGAUGCUCAGCAACGGCUCCAUUGACGAAAUAUCAUCUAGAAGUCAACUUUACGAUUCAGUAUUGGACUUUUUCGACGCUUUAGGAAGCCAUCCAGCAACUGUCGACUUAGUAUACACUGACCGUAACAUUUAUUACGAAAAUGGGGGCAAUCUUCUGGAGGCCUCGCUUAGCCCCGAGAAGAGCAAAGGCAGAAUUGUUCCGAGGGACACGGGAAAGUCUCUAAUCGAAUUGCUAGGCAGUAUGACGGCCCAAUUAGAGACUCUCCUCCGGUAUGCCCAGGGAAAUCCUGCAGAGUUCCUGAACUCCGAAGGACAGAAGUUACUAAAGCUUAGCCAACGUGUAAGCGAGAUGUCUACUCGGCACAUCGCAAACAUGCAACAACUUCAAACGGCCAUGGAUAUUACUGAAGACAAGUCGGAUAUUGACUUUUCCGAGUGGCAUCGCGAAAACUGUGUCAGAGACGUCCCCGACGACGCGGUCUUGCGUAAUUUCGCCUACGCACGAGAGGCAAAUAGAGAACCUACCGCAUGGCCCGGAGCGCGUGGGCGUAUGAAGAGAUUGAUCACGGAGAUAACUACGCUACAAAACUCACUACCAGAAGGCAUCUUUAUAUGUCAUGGAUCUUCGCGGCUUGAUAUCAUGAAAGUCUUGAUCAUGGGUCCUCGUGGUACACCCUACGAGCACGGCCUGUUCGAGUUCGAUUUGUACUGCCCGAUAGACUAUCCUAAAUCCCCACCAAUGAUGCUUUUCAAGACCCCGAACGGCAGCAGAACGCGCUUCAACCCAAAUUUAUACCAAGAUGGCAAAAUUUGCCUUUCCUUACUCGGUACGUGGCCUGGGGAGCCUUGGAGGGGAGAUGAGUCUACUCUACUCCAGGUGCUUGUCAGCAUACAGGCCAUGAUUUUCUGUGAGGAGCCGUGGUACAACGAGCCCGGCCGGGAGCGCAGCAUAGACAAACCAAAGUCGGACAGCUACAAUAACCAUGUUCGAAGCAUGACGAUGCAGUAUGCCCAGCUACCCUGGGUCAAGGCAAUCAAUGCGAAGGAUGAAACUAAAGACGCAGUCGCCGGACCUGGUAUGGUGCCGGUGUGGAAGGAAACAGCCCGGCUAUACUUGCGCGCAAACACGAAGGACAUCUUAAAUGCGAUUAAGGGCGCAGGAACGUUGAACACUACAGCAAAAGCCCUUAAAAGCGCACUUAAGACUAGCGGCUAUUUGGAUUAA